ACUUCUGUCAAAGCGUGUGAAGAAUUAAUUUAGAGAUCUAAUAAGAUGGGGAUCAGCUGAUGUUUUUCCAACGUUGCGUCUGAGUGAGGGAUCAGUUACACUGGAACGUUUCAAUUAAGGCGAAGGGUUAAAGAGAAGAAGCAACCAUGGGGAAACUGGACGGUGCAAGUUUAGGGUACUCUUAUCAUCUUCCUUCCGCUGGAUGGAAUCUCAGGGUUAGAAAUGCCCUCUCACAGUUCAGCGAUCUUUUCAGUGAGUUCAACAAGUACAUCGCACCUGCUUAUCAUCAUGAUCGGUGUGAAAGGUCCGUUCAGAUGCGGUUGUAUUCUAUGCAUAAACGGGAAUUUCUUAUGGCUUUCAUGGCAUUCUUUGCAUUCCUCGGAGUGGCAGUAUUCAUUGGACUUGCCGGUCCACCGAUCACCUCGACUACUGAACAGCGAGCUCACCUGAACGGCAGCGAAAUGGCAACUGGGCCUUUCAUAAUGAAGACACCUGCACUUUCGAUAUAUAGUCAGCAAUUAUGGGUCAUCGCUAAAUUGUCCACAUCAAAUAACGAUGACGAGAGAUAUGACAAGAGUUUCCAAGUCAGUGUCUCCAUAGACGGUAUCGAUCCUGAUCGUAAGCUAAUUGCUGUUUUGGCUCCAGAAGUUGGACAUAACAGGACGCGACAUUUAAAAUGUGAAAGACAGUCCUGCGAAGAAUUCAUGGUGGUCCAUCUAGGUUAUCUUGAAUAUACCAACUACAUAAUUACGGUUCACUUUCAUGGUCUCGAAAGUUUCCAUCAACGAUAUUAUAUCAGGAACCUGACGUUCUAUUUCAAGAAUUACAAUCCAGCGUUCACGCAAAUCGAAAUCUGGUUCAGGCUUAUCUUCCUGCUGGCGACGUUCAUGGUGACGUGUUGGUUCGGUCUCUCCCUGAGGAAAUAUCCAGUGCACGACUGGUCGAUCGAGCAGAAAUGGAUAUCUAUCCUUUUGCCUCUCCUGAUCCUGUACAAUAAUCCAUUGUUUCCUAUGACGUUUUUAGUGAACUCCUGGGUGCCAGGAAUGUUGGAUGCUAUUUUACAGACUACGUUCCUCUGUGCAAUUCUUAUGUUCUGGUUGUGCGUCUAUCAUGGCCUCCGACAGAAUGAAAGGCGGCUGGUCACCUUUUAUCUACCGAAAUUACUAGUCGUGGGUAUGCUCUGGGGAGCUGCGUUGACUUUGGCUACGUGGCUUCGAUGUACCGAAUUGGAGGAUCCCACUUACAACUACGUCCUCGACACAUCCAACUAUUACGGAUUCAAAGUGUUCUUCUUCACGGUGGGUGGCAUCUACAUCGCAUAUCUUUUGCUGCUAAUACUGAGAGCGUACAGUGAGCUGAGGUCCAUGCCUUAUUUUGAUCUGAGGUUGCGGUUUUUAACUUUGCUCGCUGCAAUAGUUGCCGGGGUAUGCUCUCUGGUCACUGCAAGGAAGUUCGGUGCUGGAGUUCUCGAAGACAGCUUCGCUUCCCGUCUUUCAACUUAUUAUCGUACUUCGGCACAGUUCAUGGCCCUUUAUGGUAUUCUUAAUUUUUAUCUGUUCACCAUGGCUUAUGUUUAUGCACCUGCUGUCGAACAAGUUUACGGCCAACACUCCUCGAUAACAAAGGAUAACCCUACUUUUUCAAUGAUCAAUGAUUCGGACGAGGAGGUAAUCUAUGGAUCGGACGAGGACAGUCGGCGGCCUUUAACUCGUGCACCAAGAAACACAGAUGACAGCGAUUGAGAACUCCGUAGCCUUCUAGUCUCACCGAUUGGUUCGAGCAAUGCUGACUCCCAACGAUGAAUCAGUUUUCAAUUUUGUUGAAAAUUUAAUUACGACAAGACUGGAUCUGGGUAAGAUCUAGUCCAGGUCUUGUUUAAAUGAUACCAUAUUUAUGGUAAUGGAGGUGCGCACUGUACUAUAUGCAACACUGAAUAGUGUUCAACUAUUAAACAAUAGCGGUGUAUAGGUUUCGCACUCAAUUUGAAAGAUGACCCUUGUAGCAAAGUGGCAAAUAACGUUUUUAUGAAAUGACGUGGGCGAGGUUUAUAAAUAUUUCAUGGAUCGCUGCGAAGCAGGUAGUUCUUAAGGUAUGUGUAAAUAUUCUGUUCAAGGAUUAAGUGUGUACAAUGUCUCGUUUCUGACGGAUUCUUUUCUGGUAUUUAGGAGUGCAAUUCGAUCUUCGAAUCCGUUCAGAUUUUCAAGGAGUAGUAUCUACGUGAAUAAGUAACUUUUUUAAUAAAUUGUACUUGGGAUUUAGACAUAUCAAGACUCCCAAGGAAUAUUUUAACUGAGUGUUCCUUUUCAUAUUAAUUUAUGGCGUACUUAUUUAUCGACGUCGGGAAAUGGCGCUCAAAUUACAGAAUUUUGGUAGACCUUUUUCUAGCAAUUAAAGGAAAGAACGGUGUUAAUACGUUGGGUGAUAAUAUCUGUUACACAAUACGUAUGACACGUGUGGAACUAUAAUCUGUAUUUUUUAAUUUUAUUACAUGGAGUCAACUUCGUUAAAUAUUAAAGUACCAAGCAUAGCCAUCGAUAAUGAAAGAAAAAAAUGAAAUUUAUAUAACGGAGUACCCUGGUUAAACCAGCAAAUGUGGACUGUUCUUUAUAUUCUUAUUCGCAGGAGUUACCGCAAACGUGUGAAACAUUACUCAAAUGAA